AUGCCAACGCCAUCAUCAAAUCCGCCGGUCGAGGCCGCUUCGCCGCGGUCUUACAGUUUCUCGACAUGUCCUGACGAUGUCCAAUAUCAGCCACGUCCUAACUGGCAGUCACGCGACGGCGAUCAAGUCCACGAUGCUGAUAUACCCGACUCCAAUCUUUCUGUCGAUGUCGGCUCGCCUCUUGCCGUCGACGCGCCGGCUGCGCCCGAAGGCCCAAGUGACGAUGCCAUCAUGUACGAUGGGCGUCCAUCUGAUGAACCGUCCUCAAGGUCUUCCACCAUGUCUCCUCGUCCUCAAACUGCUACUACGACGGCCACGACUCCAAUGCCUAGCGGCCCAGGGUCUGAAAUAAAGGGAAGAGAGGCCGAGAUCGGCAGUCAGUUGAGUCGAGAGCCUUCAAACAGCACGCAACGAGCGUCUGAAACUGAAUCAAUCCCUCGCGAGUCGUCCAGGCGGAGAGGGUCACCAAACGGAGAGCCAGAAUGGAUUGAUUUCGAUGCGCAAGAAGAUGAGCUCUGGUCUCCGUCCAUGGGCUCUGACUUUUCAUGUAUGAGGACCAUCCCUUCGGCUCCUUCUUCUUAUCUACGUCCGGGUAGCAAAUUUCAUGGCACGCAGCAGUCAGAGCGGCAGGUCUACGAUGUGCAAGUCGAAAUUAAGCAUGUUGACAUGCGCGAGUCUUUUCUAUGUGGCUAUCUGCGCAUUCAAGGUCUAACUGAGGACCAUCCCACUCUCACGACAUAUUUUGAAGGAGAAAUCAUCGGUUCCAAGUACAGCUUCUACACACAACACGAGAAUUGGGGCGCAAAUAGCAAGGUUGACUUGAGUCAUUGGGCCAAGUUCACAGCUUUUCGCCCUUUCCAAAAACAAGCUCGCAAGGGGCCUGUCACUAUUCGAGAUGCUGCACAACGAGAAACCAUCUUCAUGCGCUGGAAGGAACACUUUUUGGUUCCAGACCAUCGAGUUCGCACGAUAACAGGGGCCAGCUUCGAGGGGUUCUACUACAUUUGUUUCAACCAGGUCAAGGGUGAAGUUCCAGCAACUGGAGCUGAAGCAUGUCCCCGACCGGGGAUGCUUUGCCGCUACCGAAUUUCGUUAAACUUAAGGCUGCCUCAGUACAAAGCAUACUACAAGCUUGAAGCGCGGCGCCGCUACAAGUAUAUCGCCAGCCAUCACCUUGGUCUGUUGCAGGACCGGUUUAGGAUAUCCAGCACUGUUAUAACAAUACAUAGAUGGGAAUACGGGAAGUGUUAGGGCCCGUUAUCAUGACAUCUUGACGCGCCUACGUGUGUUGCUUUGUGGGUAAUCAGGAUUUGGGUUUUCUGGGCAGUUUAUCACAUAUGAAUGCGGAGCAUAGGAAAUCUUUGAUGGGAGCAAAGCGAAGUCGUUCCUGUAAGCGAGGUUCUAUUCUUCGGCCUCGAACUUUUUGAAAUAUCCACGUCGGAACGGGUUGAGUUCGUCUGCCGAUGUCCCAUUUAAUGUGAGCUUCUGUCGGUUUGUGUAAGCUUCGAGAGCCUCUUGUGAGACCUGCGAGUCGGGGAGCCGACGGUAGGUGAUGA